UGCACAGGGGCUUAUCACACAAUGGGCGUUAAUACGAUUCCAAUGGAGUUUCCCAUCUCCUCAAAAGUAUCUAUGAUGCCACCAGGAAGCAAGCUGUUUAGCUAAGAGUGUGUAACGUUAGCGUCUUUCACGUGCAUCAGGAGGAGUUGGAUUUGGAAAUAACCAUGUCACCCUUGCUACAUUGAAGAAUCAUUUGAUUACCGAUGAUCGUAACCCAAAACCACAUGAGAGAAGAAACGGACAACUGAUAAAGCUAUUGUCUGCCCUUGAGGAAUCCUCUUAGUAGAAAAAUUUAGUCGUAUACUGAAGUAUGCAAGCUUACCUACCUACCCAUGCAUCUUCCUGAUGGGGGGGUAAUGCUACUUCUGUGUACGAAAAUACAGUACCACUUUCAAAUUCUGGAUUCAUAGCUUAGACCUACCUGUGUUGAUCAGAUCAUCGCUCAAUAUAAGAUUUAACAUUUAAAUCUACAUCAGUAGUCUAGAAACUCUUCCACCAUUUUGGUUCAGUCAAAUAUACUAUAUUUCGCACAUCUCUGACGGGGUUAGUUAGAUCAGCUUCCUGUCAAGAUGUUUUCAGCUUUGAAGAAGUUAGUUGGUUCUGAACCAGGCCAGCCGAAGGACAAGAGCAUCCCUGCUGGCAUGCAGUCCAUGAACCAGAGUUUACAGAGACGCUUUGCCAAAGGAGUACAGUACAACAUGAAAAUAGUUAUCCGCGGAGACCGAAAUACUGGCAAGAGCACUCUAUGGCAUCGACUGCAAGGAAAGAAAUUCACGGAUGACUACAUACCCACUCAAGAGAUACAGGCAACCAGCAUCCAUUGGAACUACAAAAUUGAACAUGGCACAUAUAAAGCCACUGAUGACGUGGUCAAGGUGGAAGUGUGGGACGUGGUGGAUAAAGGCCAAAAAUACCCUCUCCCUGAGGGUGUAGGCAGAGGUAAAAAGCGAGGGGACACUUUGAAAGUAGAGAAUGAACCCCAAGAGUCUGACGAAGUGGCCUUGGAUGCAGAGUUCCUCGAUGUUUACAAGAACUGCAACGGUGUGAUCAUGAUGUUUGACAUUACCAAGCAAUGGACAUUCAACUACAUCCUGAGAGAGCUGCCCAAAGUACCCACUCAUGUUCCAGUGUGUGUCCUAGGCAACCACAGGGACAUGGGUGACCACCGUGUCAUUCUACCUGAUGACAUCCGCCAGGUUAUCGCUAAUCUGAAUAGACCCAUGGGUUCCUCCUAUAUUCACUACGCUGAAGCCUCUAUGAAGAAUGGAUUUGGUUUGAAAUAUUUACACAGAUUUUUCAACAUUCCUUUCCUGCAACUUCAGAGGGAGACUCUGUUACGGCAGCUCGAGACCAACCAGUUAGACAUGGACGCCACUCUGGAGGAGCUCACCGUGCAGCAGGAGACUGAGGAUCAAAACUAUGAAAUUUUCUUGGAAAACAUAGAGACCCGCAGUAAAGGCUAUGGUUCUCCUGGUCCAGCCAAUGGCCGGAGCCCCUCCUCGGGCUCCCAGUCCCCUACCGUUCCUCCAAGCGGGGCCUCCACUGGCAGCUCUAGCCCUGGCACCCCUCAUCAGCCAACCAUCCCUGCCCAGGUCCCCGGCCUCCAGGCCCCCUCGCCCUCGCCCUCUCCUCCACCUCCUGUACUGGCAGCUGGGAUGGUUUCCCCCACAGCUGAGCUUCAAUCCCCCACUCUGAGGCAGGCUCAGAGUCCUGAGCAUCCUGGACCGUCACCGCUUCCCCCAGCAUCAGGCCCUGCCCAGGCCCCGCCUCCUCAGAAACGUGGCUUGAUCUCACGCCUCUUUGGCUCCGCCCCGGCCCCAGAGGUGACUGCCACCAUGCCAGAGCCGGAGCCUGCCCCCGUGUGUCCUGCUAAUGUUCAGAGUGUGGAUGACUUUGUGCCAGACGAGGGUCUGGAUAAAAGCUUCCUGGAGGACAGCCUGCCCUCUAAAGUUAAGGUAUCCCAACCUGCACUGGACAGUGACAGUGAUGGAGAGGACAGAGGGAACCCCAUGGUGGCAGGUUAUAUGGAUGAGCUGGACCCAGAUGACAAGGAGCCCCCGCUGCCCCUGCCCAACACCCCGGGCCUUCUCACCAGUAAAGACUUCACUAUGUCUAGUGAUGAGGAGGAGGUGGAAGCACAGCCCCCACCAAUAUCUCCACCAGUACCUGCUGUCACUCAGGAUGAACACCUCGACCUUGACAGUGAUUCAGAGCUGAAAAAACCGUGCACUGAGUCCAUAAUGCCCCGUGCCAUGGAGCCUUUGGCACCUGCUGGCCAACUCUUGGAGAACACUGUCCCUCAGGUGGCUGAGCCCAUCACCCUCACCCUAACCUCUGCACCUGCAGUAGCCCUGGAGCAGCCAGGCCUACCCAGAGGGAAAAAGGGAGGAACCCCUGGGGUGGACUCAGACUCUGACCCAGGGGCACCUGUUGCUGAGCAGAUGCUCUCCUUCGUGAUGGAUGAUCUUGACUUUGAGUCUGAGGAGGAGGCAGUCAUCCAGAAGAUAACUAAGGAGGUUUUCCCAGUCAGGGAUGAAGUACUGUCUGAUCUGGAGCUGUCAGAUGAUGACAUCCCUCCAGCCACGCUGAUCCCAGAGCCUCUGAAGCCCACACCGGUCCUGAAGCCCUCCUUUCAGAGCAAUAAUGAGACAGACCUGUUUGGCUUGGGCAUUACGGAGGAAGCCACCAAAGCCAAGGACAGCAGUGAGGACCUAGAAGAGAAGGAAAGCAAACACUCCGAAAAAGAAAAGAAGAAAAAGAAGAAGAAAAGCAAAGAGGAGGAUGAGAAGAGCAGCAAGAAGAAGCAUAAAAAGGACAAGAAAAAGGAGAAAGAUGAGACCGGAACAGAAGAUGACAAAGAGAGGAAAAAGAAGAAAUCUCGGACCAAGAAAAUGGAUGACUUGGAGGAUUUCUUGGCUGGAGGGGAGGGGUCAGCAAAUAGAGAGGGCGGAGACUAUGAAGAACUCUAGAUCCCAAGUCAUCCUUAUUUUUGGACCUUGACCCUAUAGAGAUGCGGAACCCAAGUUGUCAUUUGAAACUUGUUUGGUUCCUAGAACCAGAUUAAUUUGUGCACAAGCAGCAUCCACAAGCCAUACCCAUGGUUCAUGGUCACCCAUUCCCAGGCAAAAAUCUAGACUCCGCUGGGGCUGUAUGAUGUGUUAAUAUUAUUUCCCAUGAGCACUAUCACACAUUGUCUUUGAAUGUGAAGAGAAACUAGGUAGAAGAUACAAUCUUGUUACCGUUGAGGAGAAACAGGAAGGAGAUGACUGACACACACUGUGGUGUGAUACAAACUAUAUGAUCACUACAGGGUAUGAUAAUUAGUAGAGCCACUAAGGAAAGAUUUGACUUUUUUUUAUUUUCAGACGUUUAACUUAAAAUGUGUGUUUGUUUACUAUUUUAUUUUAACUUUUUAAAUGAUGCUCUCCUGAAGUGAACCACUCCAAAUGGGCUUGGCAGGGCUAACGUUUUUGUCUGAAUGUCCUCUAUUUGGUGUUAAGAAUUGCUUGAGAGCAUAUUCCUGUAAAGUGAUGGUUGCUUGACAGUGUUGAUAUUACAUAGUGGAGGAUAUGCAUGCUUGAUGGUCAUAUUUCACAUAUUGAAGAUUUCUCUCUUACUUUGAUCCACUGGUUUUGUUUCUCCGACUCAGUGAUGUAAUGGUUGUUGAAAGUUUUGCUACUUUAAUUGACUUUCUAUUUUUGACAAUGUACUAUCUCACUCCAUUUGAUAAUUUACUCCCCUCCACUCCCACAAUGCACCAUUUUACAGUGACUGUAGUUUUCAGUUUGUCUGCAUCCCUAUAUAUAUAUAUAUAUAUAUAUAUAUA